UUGAAGAGCAUAAUCUUUAUAGGGAUCACAUGUGUUGUGCACUGUUCGGAUGGAUGGGAUCGUACGGCGCAGACGGUGUCGUUGGCGCAGUUGAUUCUUGAUCCGUUCUACCGUACUAUCCAUGGCUUCCAGGUACUAAUAGAAAAGGAUUGGCUAGGAUUUGGUCACAAAUUUGAUGAUAGGUGUGGACAUAUCGGGGCGCUGAAUGACGAAGCAGCCAAAGAAGUUUCGCCGGUGUUCACUCAAUUUCUGGAUUGCGUCCAUUUUAUAGCUGAGCAGAAGCCCUUGGCAUUUCAGUUCAACGAACGCUUUCUCAUAGAAAUCCAUGAGCAUGCCUAUUCCUGUCAGUUUGGGACGUUCAUCGGGAACUGCGAGAAAGAUCGAAAGGACUUGAACGUAAGGAAACGAACGAAAUCUUUGUGGACAUUCAUGGAUCAGCGUCUGGACGACUAUCUCAACCCGUUUUAUGAGCCAACGACUUUCGGUGUGCUGACUGACAUAGUGACUCGUGCCUUCAUGUUCCGUGUAUGGCAUGCGCUAUACAAUCGCUUCGAUGCAGGAAUUCUCCCUCGUGAGAGUAACGUUGAUAUGGUAAUGGCUUCAAUGGAACAUGUCGGAGUGCUGGAGAGUCACAUUGCUGCUUUACGAAAUCGGUUAGCUGAGCUGAAAAAUCAACCAAAGUAA